AUGUAGUAGGUGGCAGUAUGCACUAUUUUGCGAUAGUCUGUAACCCGCCAGGAAACUAAAGAAGAAGAAGAACAUCACCGUCCAGCGAUUGCGUCCCACAGAAGCAGGACUGUAAUCGCGUUUGACAGUUGCAAACUUCAAGAGCGUCAGACUUUGUGUUUUGCCCGUCAGUGUUCUUGGCCGUGAUGUCUGCUAAGGCCAUUUCUGAGCAGACGGGAAAGGAGUUCCUGUAUAAAUACAUCUGCACCACGGCAGCCGUGCAAAACCGUUUUUGCUGCGCCACUGUCACUGCAGACACUGUCUGGGACCGCCUUACACAGGACCACCCAUGGCUGCUAACAGAAAGGCUGGUUGUGAAGCCAGAUCAGCUGAUCAAACGCAGGGGGAAGCUGGGAUUGAUGGCAGUUGACCUGAACCUUGAGGGUGUCCAGGAAUGGCUGAAAUCACAUUUGAUGACAGAAAUCACAGUUGGGAAGGUGAAGGGGACUUUGAAGAACUUUCUCAUUGAGCCGUUUGUGCCUCACUGUCAGGAAGAGGAGUUUUAUGUGUGUAUAUACGCAAGCCGGGAAGGCAGUCAAGUGCUGUUCCAUCAUGAGGGUGGGGUGGAUGUUGGAGAUGUGGACACAAGAGCCCAAAAACUAUCAGUGAGAAUAGAUGAUAAGCUCACGGAGGAAAUAGUUAUCCAGCAGUUACUUAAACAUGUUACAGAUGAGAAGAAAGAAGUGCUGGCAAACUUCAUAAUAGGUCUCUUCAAUUUGUAUGAGGAUCUUUACUUCACAUAUCUGGAAAUCAAUCCACUUGUGGUCACUAAGGAUGGAGUGUACAUUUUGGAUAUGGCAGCUAAAAUUGAUUCUGCGGCCGACUACAUCUGCAAGCCCAGAUGGGGUGAUGUGGAGUUUCCUCCUCCGUUUGGCAGAGAAGCUUAUCCUGAGGAAGCGUACAUAGCAGAUCUCGAUGCUAAGAGUGGAGCCAGUCUGAAACUCACCCUGCUGAACCCCAAAGGACGCAUCUGGACCAUGGUGGCUGGUGGCGGUGCAUCAGUGGUGUACAGUGACACCAUCUGUGAUCUGGGUGGAGUAGAUGAGCUGGCCAACUAUGGGGAAUACUCUGGAGCUCCUAGUGAGCAGCAGACGUACGACUACGCUAAGACUAUCCUCUCUCUAAUGACCAGCGAGAAACAUCCUGAUGGAAAGGUGUUGAUCAUUGGUGGCAGUAUUGCUAACUUCACUAAUGUAGCAGCUACGUUUAAGGGCAUUGUGAGGGCUAUCAAAGACUACCAGGGGCCUCUUAAAGAAAAUGAGGUUACCAUCUUUGUGCGACGUGGAGGUCCAAACUAUCAGGAAGGGCUGAGAGUGAUGGAGGAAGUAGGAAAGACUACAGGAAUUCCCAUCCAUGUUUUCGGCACAGAGACUCACAUGACUGCUAUUGUGGGCAUGGCACUGGGUCAUCGGCCAAUUCCCAAUCAGCCUCCAGCGGCAGCGCACACUGCCAAUUUUCUGUUGAACGCUAGUGCUAAUGCAACUACCCCAGCAAGAACCAGAAAUACUUCAUUCUCUGAACACAAAUUGACCAAUAGUGUCACAGAUGUCAUGAUGCCCACAGCAGGUGUUCCACCAGCUAAAGCCACGACUCUCUUCAGCAGGCAGACCAAGGCAAUCGUGUGGGGCAUGCAGACACGGGCAGUUCAAGGCAUGCUGGACUUUGAUUACGUGUGUUCGCGUGAUGAACCCUCUGUUGUCGCAAUGGUCUACCCCUUCACUGGUGACCACAAGCAGAAGUUUUACUGGGGCCAUAAGGAGAUCUUGCUGCCGGUCUACAAGAAUAUGGCAGAUGCUAUGAAGAAACAUCCAGACGUUGAUGUACUCAUUAAUUUUGCCUCCCUUCGUUCGGCUUUCGACAGCACCAUGGAAACAUUGCUGUAUCCUCAGAUACACACUAUAGCUAUCAUAGCUGAAGGCAUUCCUGAAGCUCUGACCCGCAAACUCAUCAAAUCAGCUGAUGAAAAGGGCGUCACUAUCAUUGGACCUGCAACUGUUGGUGGUAUAAAGCCAGGCUGCUUUAAGAUCGGGAACACAGGCGGAAUGCUUGACAAUAUCCUGGCAUCAAAGCUGUACAGGCCGGGCAGCGUGGCGUAUGUGUCCCGCUCAGGAGGAAUGUCUAAUGAACUCAACAACAUCAUCUCACACACUACAGACGGUGUUUAUGAAGGAGUUGCUAUUGGAGGAGACAGAUUUCCAGGCUCUACAUUCAUGGACCAUGUGCUCAGAUAUCAGGACACUCCAGGUGUCAAGAUGAUUGUCGUUCUGGGAGAGAUCGGAGGCACAGAGGAGUAUAACAUCUGCCAGGGCAUUGUAGACGGCAGAAUCACUAAGCCAGUCGUGUGUUGGUGUAUUGGAACGUGUGCCACCAUGUUCUCAUCUGAGGUGCAGUUCGGCCAUGCAGGCGCAUGUGCAAAUCAAGCGUCAGAGACCGCUGUGGCCAAAAAUCAAGCACUGCAGGAAGCAGGUGCAUUUGUGCCCAACAGCUUUGAUGAAUUGGGUGAUGUUAUUAAGUUUGUGUAUGAUGACCUUGUCGCAAAUGGAAUCAUUGUUCCAGCACAGGAAGUUCCUCCUCCUACCGUCCCGAUGGAUUACUCCUGGGCAAGAGAGCUGGGGUUGAUUCGAAAACCUGCAUCGUUCAUGACUAGUAUCUGUGAUGAAAGGGGCCAGGAGCUCAUAUAUGCUGGUAUGCCCAUCACAGAGGUGUUCAAAGAGGAAAUGGGCCUAGGAGGAGUGCUAGGCCUGCUGUGGUUCCAGAGGAGAUUACCACGUUAUGCAUGUCAGUUCAUUGAGAUGUGUUUGAUGGUGACUGCGGAUCACGGGCCAGCUGUAUCUGGUGCUCAUAACACCAUUGUGUGUGCUCGUGCCGGUAAAGACCUGGUGUCCAGUCUGACCUCUGGACUUCUGACGAUAGGAGAUAGAUUCGGUGGCGCUCUGGAUGCAGCUGCUAAACAGUUCAGUAAAGCAUUUGACAGUGGCCUGCUGCCCAUGGAGUUUGUCAACAAGAUGAAGAAAGAUGGCAUGCUUAUUAUGGGCAUUGGGCACCGAGUCAAAUCAAUCAAUAACCCUGAUAUGAGGGUGCAGAUCCUGAAGGACUUUGUGAAGCAGCAUUUCCCGUCAACACAGUUACUGGACUACGCCCUCGAUGUAGAGAAGAUCACAACCUCAAAGAAACCCAACCUUAUUCUAAACGUUGAUGGUUUUAUUGGUGUGGCUUUUGUCGACCUACUAAGAACAUGUGGUGGAUUCACACGAAAUGCCACUGAGUUCUCUGGGCCAAAGCUCAUCUCAGAUAGUCCAAAAGACAGUGGAAAUGUGUGCUGUGGUCAGAUGAGUCCACAUUUCAGCUUGAUUUCGGGAAAAAGGACAUUGAGUUCUCAGUCCUGAAGACCAAAGGGACCAUCCAGACUUUCAUCAGCGACAGGUGUAAAAGCAAACUGUCAUGGUAUGGAGGUACAUCAGUGCAAAUGGCAUGGGUGACUUGUAUAUAUGCGUGAAGGUACCAUUGACAUGGAGGUGUAUACUGGGAUUGUACAGAGACAUACUGUAAUCAAAAUGACAUCUUUCCUGGGAAUCAAGACAGUGCCUCAUUCUGCAUGUGCUACAACAGAGUGGUUUCUUAGACUCUGUACAUUAGGAUUAUUCAAUUGAAGUUCCAAGAGGUCUGGUCUCUAUAUUACCUUCCCUGCCGCGGUCCGGACAAUAAUUUUUUGGAACAGUUAUACAUUUUCAUUGGAGCAGCCAUAGUAGUUUGUAAAAGAAAAAAUCCCAAACACUCAAAAAAGUCAUCAAAGUCCCUGAGAGCCAUAGUUUAUGAGUGAUGUCUAAGAAGUUUUAGCAAUAUUUACCAAAAAAAAGUAACAAUUUCUCCCAGUUGGAUAUUAAUAUAAAAAGGUUAGAUCAGAUGUUUUAGCAGGCUUUUUUCUUUUUCUUUUUUUUUUUUUUUUUUAAAUUUAGACCUAUGUGUAUGGCACAUAGAAGGCCUUGGGACUGAGAAAACAUACUGGGGGAAGGGCUCACCUCUUAAGAAAAGUAUGGACCAUUUUUAUAUUUUGCUCAAAGUAAUAAACUAAAACAUGCAACGUACAUAAUCUAGUAAUCAAAAUUCUCAUCAUGAGGACGAAGUUAACUAGUAAUUUCAAAUUUUUUUUUUUGUCAUCCCUUGCCAUCUCUAAAUAAUUUUCCAAAUUAUAACAUUGCUUAUUAUGAAAUGCUCUUAAUAUGCUGAUUAAUAAUGCUAAAUGUAUGGGGGAAAAAACUAAAUGUCUACGUGUUGACACAAACCUUGUAACAAAUGGUCAGAGUAAUCUGUAUGACAGAUAAAAAUAAUUGUAUUUCCUGCAUUUUGGUUUUCUGCAGCAUUUUAGCAAAAGUAUCUAUUUUGCUGCUCACCGUGUUUCUGCUACUGUUGUUUAAAAAAAAAGUAUCAUCAGUAGCUCUUAAUGUGGCGCUUUACGUCUUUAGCGGGAGAGAGAAGCAACACGCACAGAGCAGGAAAGGGCUUGAAUGAAGAACGUUUGGCUCUAGAUGAAAAAUAUUAGAGGAUGUAGCGCCGAAAGAUGAUUACCUGUAAAUGAGCCUAAGCGUUGUUUCGAUGCGCUGCUCACUUUAAACUGUAGAAACGGUAAUUAUGUCCCACGGUCCGUAUGGAACCAAGCGGAGACUGCGGUUCGCCAUUUGAAUACCACUGCUCUACACUGUAGAGUGGAUGUGUUUGACUGGCCUGCCUGUAGUCCAGAUCUGUAAAAUCUGUAAAAAUUUAAAUGUGUGGCCUAACCAUAUCCCUAACCCUACCCAUAAGUUAUCCCUAAAAUCAGAGGGAAAUGAUAGCUGAAUAACACUGAUAUAGAAGCACCUAACCCUGGUUGUAAGCCUAAACUUAACAUAAACUGUUAACUUGUCCCUCAAAUCUGAUUGGUUUAGUGGAAUGUUGUUCCAGGAUCAACAAUGAUGUUGAUCCAGGAACAUGUUGCACUUGGUAAAAUCAGAUUCUGCCUACACCUCUGUCCCAAGUUUUUUGGAGUGUGUUGCAGCCAUCAAAAUCAAAAUGUGCUUAUAUUGAAGUUGAUCUGAAAAUCUUUUCUUUGUACUUUUAUCAGUUAAAUAUAGGUUAAUGAGAAUUAACAAAUCACAAAUUCUUAAUUUUAUCACAUUUUACAAAUUCUCCCGACUUUUCUGAAAAUGAGGUUGUAGUUAAGAGACUUACAUUGAAUUUCAUUGUAUGGAUCAUGUAUCUAAACUGAGUAUGUUUAUGA